CGACGGCGAAAUGCCCUGCCUGAAGGACACGAUGGUUUUAUCCAAUCGGGUGUGCCUCAAAGAGCCGCUUUGCCUCCCAGCCAAUGGGCGCCGCCGCCUGGGGGAUGCUCCCCAAUGGCCAGCGGCGACGCUCCCUGGGGCCCGCCCCCUUUUCGCCGGACCAAGCCGGAGAGGGUCAGUCUCCCUGAGGAGAGGGCGGCGGGCGGCCGCGUCUUGGCUCCCUCCCUCGCUGCUGUCUUCUCCCUCAGGCGCCAUGAGUUCGGCCGGGCUGCCGGCAUGGAAGCAGGCCAUCCUGGAGCGGAAGCGGGCCAAGCUGGCGGCCGGGCUGGAGCUGCCUCCGAGAGGCGCUCCGACGGCGAGGCCGCCCGGCUCCGAAGGGAAGCGGGAGGCGGAGGAGGAGGAGGAGCGGCUGGUGGUGGCGGAGAGCCUGGGCCCGCUGCGGGAGAACCCCUUCAUGCGCCUGGAGAGCGAGCGGCGGCGGCGGAGGAGGAGGACCAGCGGGCCCCGGGCCCCUCCGCCCGCGCCCAGGCCCCCUUCCCCGCCCAAGCCCGCCGAGGCGCCCGCCCUGGCCCAGCUGCUGGAGCUCUACGGCUCCAUGCCGGGCAUCCGCACCAUCCGCGCCGACAACAUCCUCAUCAUCGAGUCCCAGGAGAAGGGCCCUGAGGGGAAGCCAGGGGGCGGGGCCUCUGCCGGCUCUCCAGGGGGCGGGGCGUCGCACUCGCCCCGCCCCCUUUGGAAGCAUCAACAACAACAGCAGGACCCCCUCCGCGCCCUCCUGGCCCGCAGUGGCUCCCGGGUCACUGAGAUCCGCGCCUCCGAGGUGGUCAUCUACGAGCCACGGCCCCCGGACCCCCCGGAGAAGGAGCAGGAGAAGGAGCCGGACCCCGAGCCGGGCAGGGUCAGCCGCCUGCUGCAGAAGUUCGACCAGCGGAGGGGCCCCCGUGGGAACAGGGCCUGGUGGCGUGGCGGAGGGGCCGCGGGGGCGGAAGCGGGCCCAGCGGUGGUGCCAAAGUCUCCCUCGGAGGAGCCCCGCUUGCCCCCCCACUCCCCACCCCAUGGCGGCCUCCCGCCCCCCGCCCGGGGCUUUGUGCAGAAGAUCGGGGCCAACUCCUUCACGGUGAACCCUCGGGGGCACCUCCGCCUCCCCAGCCACCCGCCGGCCGUGCUCAGCAAUGGGCCCCUGGAGCCCCAGGAGAAGGAGAGGGAGGAGGAGGACGAGGAGCCCGCCACCCUGCCCAGGAACUGUGGGGCUCACGGGGCUCCGGCUGCCAGCGCCCCGCCAGUGCCAUCUCCGCCAAGCCCCGCCAGCCCCUGGAAGCCAAAGCCCGAGAAGAGCCCCGAAGCCCCCCUUGCAGACAGCAGUGCCAGUCCCGACAGCAGUGCCACCACGCUGCCACUCAACAACAACGGCAACGGUGCCUUCGAAAUCCGCCCCGCCCCCAAGCCGGACCUGGCCGCCAUCCCGGCUCACGAUUUGCAGGCCCAGGCGCUGGCCAGCCUCAGGCUCAACUCCCGCAACUCCUUCCUCUUCGUGCCGCGGAGGAAGCUGCCGGAUCCCGAUCCCGCACACGUCCCCGAGAAGCAGUCCGAGACCCCGGUGCCGGUGACAUGCAUCGACGAGGACCUUCUGGAGCCAGAGCCGGGCUCCUUGCCCCCGCUGAGAGUCCUGAGCCCCAGGCUGGAGGGCUUUGACGUGCUGCUCGAAGGCGGCCUGGAGAUGGAGGAGGCCGCAGUGGCGUCCCUGUGCAGGACCCCUCUGGCCUUCCCCCCGAAGAACGGCAACACCUUCACCGUCGUGCCCAAGAGGAAACCCCCCGCGGCCGGACUGGAGACCUUCCACAGAGCCUGGUUGCCGGAGGAGGAGGAUGAGGAGGAGGGCAAGGCCCGGGCCCCUCACCUGGAGCUGGGCCACCUCCGCAAGAAGCGCUACCCCACCGUCCACGAGAUCGAGGUCAUCGGUGGCUACCUCUCCCUGGACAAGUCCUGCAUGAGCAAAUCCGGCUCCCAGCGGAAGAAGAUGAAGAUUUCCUUCAACGAGUCCAGCCUGCAGACCAUGUUUGAGUAUCCCUCUGAGAGCUCUUUGGUGGAGGAAGAGGAGGAGGAGGAAGAGGAAGAGGAAGAAGAAUAUGCCACGGAGGUGGAUGAGGCCCCGCUAGCGCUCUUCAUCCCUCGCGCCACCGGCACCAGGCACCCAAACACCACCAACUCAGGUUUAUCCAGUUACACCCCAAAGCACUCCCUGGAAUUCGGCAAGUGGCAGGAGAAGCAGCAGGAGGGGGCACCUCCAAGUCCAGGGGCCUUUCCACGAGAUGCUGACCAGCUGGUCCUCCAAGACAUGCUCACCCCAGCCGACACGGACAGCCUCUCCGACUUCAGUAGUGAACCUGCCCUUUACUUCUGACUUCCCAGCCUCACUUGGUGCUGAGCAGAGAGACCUGCGGAGGCCUUGGGUCACUCCAGAAAAAAAUGGAAGGGUUGGACCGUCUUUUCCCUUGUGAAUGCGAAGGGGGGCGUCUCAUACUUUCAGCGGAUGCUCAGGCAUCCUUUGCUUGGAGGCAGCUCACCUCUUUUCUGCCCGUUGCCUUAAUAGUUCUGUCUUCAGACCAGCUUUGAAAGCAAGUCUCCUUGAUGGAUGCAGGUCUGAGCGAGUUACUUCCCUGCUGCUGGUUUUGAGAUUUCUCGGAAUACAGCUACCAGCAGCAUUCGAAUGGGGCAGUUGAGCUGGUGCUGAGUCCAAGCAGACAAGCUGUGCUUUGAUAGCUGGAAAACCCCAUAUUGGUGAAUGUUUGGACUCCUCUUGUGCGCAAAGCCUGACGUUGCCUGCGUUGGUGAGCACAAGAAAAGGACAAGAGCGGCCCUCCGUGUCUCUGACGUGGGCAUAGCCAAACUCCAGCCCUGCCUGGGUCCCCUUACGUUCAGGUGCUGUAACAAACAUGACGUCAGUGAGGGCGCAGGGGCUGGGGUAGGCCUUGUAGCAGCGUGGACCACUUCUCUGUGGAGCUGAGUGUUUGUGGUGCAUGCUUGCACACAUAACACAUCUGGAUCCAUCAGCUGUCACAGGGUUUUGGUAAAAAGGGGCUGGGAGUAGUUGCUCCUCUGGUUAGCUGGCUCUCUUUCGCCCCAAUAUGCCCCUCUGGGCACUGGCCAAGCUCUUGUCCAAACGCCUCCAAGUCUGUGUCUGGGGAUUAGGGAUGCUGCCAGUCCUCUCCCAAAGCCAUGGCCCUCAAAGCCAAGACCACUCCGCUGUUGGGUCAAUCCCACUGAUUCCGGUGUGGAGGAUCCCGUGGGUCUCCGGCCUGUUCCCCCCUUCCCCACUUUGCAAUAAUGACCUCUUGCUUCCACGUUCUCCAGAAACAGCUGAAACGUUGUUGAUAAUAUUCAGGUUGUGGAAGCAAGAUUCAGUACUGUAGCCUUAGCGCCCCUUUAGCCCUCAGUGCAGGAAACUCAGUCGGCAUCUAUGUUCUGCCUGCCAGGGACCGACCUCGGCCGACUCCCAAAGGACCCCGAUUUUUGCUCUGAAACCUACUAUGUGUGUAUUUCCUUCAAUUAGGAUCUGUCGAAUCAAAGCUGAUUUCUCUCUGUGGUGGGUUGUAAAACGUUCUGUAUUUUUGCACUUGAUAAUAACAACGACAAUGAUAAUGUAUUUGCAGGAGAAGUGUGGCCAGGGAAGGGCCUCUGCCCCGCACGCUCAGCCGGCCGCUGUUGCUGGGUCUGGCUGGAGGGGCCAAAACGGCGGCACAGGGGUCCACUUCCCCCCCUCACUUCCCCUCUUUGGAUGGUUUCACUUUGUGCUUCCAAAGCUCAUUAAACUACACAAGUGAUUGCUUCACAA